CACAGAUGUCUUUGUUUCCUGCUGUCACUGCGCCCCAUGAGCGACAGGAAGUAUUUAGAAAAUGAUGUGAAAAUAAAAUUCCAAAUUUCAGAGACCUGAACUUGCUUAACAGCUAGUCCGUUAUCCCAACACUGUGCCAAUUGACUGGAGAGUGUCCGCCGUUUGUCGUCCGGUUACCGUAUCAGCGGAUGACAAUGUUCCAGUCACUUUGAGCUUCUACCGCGACAUCAAGGUUAAGAUUCUCUACAACGUCAAGACAGCGCAUCGUCCACUCCAUCCGCAUCGUCCUUUUACAAAUAAUCAGCAAUUAUGGGUGCCCCUCCUACUCCUGCCGAAAGUCAGGAACAUCAGCAACUCCUCAACCGCCUGGACAUCGCCCAGGUUCGACGCCCCUUCCGCAACCCGAACUGGCGGCCAUCGCAGCGUCGCAACAAGAACGUCAAACAACUUAUCUCUGAGAACUCCAGAAAGGAGGCAUCUGUUAUGGCGACACAGACGAACUCUGGCGCAUCGACUCCUUUACAACCCAGCACCGACGGUAGCCAAACGCCCGUUGACAGCUCCGCUCGCACGAACAUCGCCCAGGCGGCGCAGAACCUGUCGACGCUCGUCUUGGAGAAGAACGCAAGGGCCAUGCUUCCAUCGGGGCCAGCGGCGACAUAUACCAACAUUGAAUCGGCUCCAUCACUGCAUCCGUCACAGCACACGCGCUACUGCGAUAUCACGGGGCUUCCGGCGCCAUACACAGAUCCCAAAACUCGGCUCAGGUACCACGAUAAAGAAGUGUUUGGGGUUAUUCGGACAUUGAGCCAAGGUGUUCCGGAGAGCUACCUUGAACUGAGAGGAGCUCAUGUCGUGCUGAAAUAGACGGUCAUCCAUCGCAUGUUACGAAAGUUCUACGUUCGUGCACACCAAGAGCAGACUAUCACUUGCAAGAUACGAGUGCAUGUACGACCAACACAGUCAAGCCCUUUCCACCCGCCGUGCCCCUCUCGAGACAGGUUCAAGAAAGCGCUCCGGCUUAUUCGUGAUCUUUAAGAGAAUCGAUCUUCGCCUUGUGCCUAAGCACUCGACUAUUACCGACGCUCCACGUGACGGAACGUCAGU